UGCUCCCCUUGCUCAGGGAGGAGGGAGGACCUGGAGGAGGAAACAACAGUGGAGCAGGGCUGCGGCUCCGAGAGAGACAAUGUGCGCCUCUGUUCUCCCGCUAGCCCUCUCUUCCCAUUCUGAUCCAGAAUAACAAUAAUGUUUUCUCAGACAAGCCUUUUUGUGUCAUGGAUGGCUCUGGACUGUGACAGCGAGCUGCAAUAACAAGGAGUGAUAUUGUUUCUGUUGGGGCAGGUGGGAGCAGAGUAAAGAAAGGGAGUGUGGUUUGAGAGGACUCAAAGCCAUCAGGACUCAGGUCUAUGGAAAUGCAGGAUCUAGCCAGUCCUCACAGCCGAGUAAGUGGAAGCAGUGAAUCUCCUAAUGGUCCCAACCUCGACAACUCGCACAUUAAUAACAAUUCCAUGACACCCAAUGGCACUGAAGGAGAUAACAUCACAAUGCUUACCACUGCAGACUGGUUGUUAGGUUCUAGUUCACAGUCCACUGCAGUUAAAACCGAGCCAAUGACCAGCAGUGAAAUCGCCUCCUCAGUAGCAGACACCUCUCUAGACAGCUUCUCAGGAUCAGCUAUUGGAACCAGUGGCUUCAGCCCAAGACAAACUCACCAGUUCUCUCCGCAGAUUUACCCUUCCAACAGAACAUAUCCGCAUAUUCUUCCUACUCCUUCAUCCCAAAAUAUGGCUGCGUAUGGGCAGACGCAGUACACCACAGGAAUGCAGCAGGCCGCAGCUUAUGCUAGCUAUCCUCAGCCUGGACAGCCCUAUGGCAUCCCAGCCUACGGCAUAAAGACAGAAGGGGGUCUGAGCCAGUCCCAGUCCCCGGGACAGACGGGCUUCCUAAGCUACAGCUCUGGCUUCACCACGCCACAGACAGGACAGGCCCCCUACAGCUACCAGAUGCAGGGUGGUACUUUUACAACUACGUCAGGAUUGUAUGCAGGAAACAACUCCCUGACAAACUCAACUGGUUUCAACAGCACGCAACAGGACUACCCCAGUUAUCCAGCUUUUGGCCAGGGCCAGUAUGCUCAGUAUUACAACAGCUCACCCUACACUUCACCUUACAUGACAAGCAACAACACCAGCCCCAGCACGCCCUCCACCACAACCACCUACACCCUCCAGGAGCCACCCGCUGGUAUUACCAGCCAGGCCCUCACAGAUAACCCUGCAGCAGAGUACAGUACCAUCCACAGUCCAUCAACCCCCAUUAAAGAUUCAGAUUCAGAUCGAUUGCGCCGGGCCUCAGAUGGAAAGUCACGUGGCCGAGGAAGGAGGAACAACAACCCAUCACCACCGCCCGACUCCGACCUUGAGCGAGUUUUCAUCUGGGACCUGGAUGAAACAAUCAUCGUUUUCCAUUCCUUGCUUACGGGUUCUUAUGCCAACAGAUAUGGACGGGACCCUCCGACAUCUGUGUCAUUAGGCCUGAGGAUGGAAGAAAUGAUCUUCAACUUGGCGGACACACACUUAUUUUUCAACGACUUAGAGGAAUGUGACCAGGUCCAUAUCGACGACGUUUCCUCCGAUGACAACGGCCAGGAUCUGAGUACAUAUAACUUCAGCGCUGACGGUUUCCACGCAGCAGCGACCAGUGCCAACCUGUGUCUGGCCACAGGCGUGAGGGGAGGUGUGGACUGGAUGAGAAAACUGGCCUUCCGCUACAGACGAGUAAAAGAAAUCUACACCACCUACAAAAAUAACGUAGGAGGUCUGCUGGGCCCAGCCAAAAGGGAAGCCUGGUUGCAAUUGCGAGCAGAAAUUGAAGCCUUGACGGACUCCUGGUUAACACUGGCACUGAAAGCACUAACAUUAAUCCACUCAAGGUCAAACUGUGUGAAUAUCCUGGUGACCACCACGCAACUCAUCCCUGCCCUGGCAAAAGUCCUGCUCUAUGGCUUGGGCAUAGUCUUUCCUAUUGAGAAUAUUUAUAGCGCAACCAAAAUAGGGAAGGAGAGCUGCUUUGAGAGAGUAAUUCAAAGAUUCGGGAGGAAAGUUGUUUACAUUGUUGUUGGAGAUGGUGUGGAAGAGGAGCAAGGCUCAAAAAAGCACAACAUGCCCUUCUGGAGGAUCUCCAGCCAUUCAGACCUCAUGGCCCUCCACCAUGCUUUAGACCUGGAGUACUUGUAGCACUACACCGCCCCGUACGCCCUGCUCCGCCUCAGCACACCCUGCAGCCUUUUCCCUUCGCCCUCCAGCCCCGUCCGACGCUUUUCCGCAGACUCCAGAGUUCAGAUAAAGCCCCCUGCGCUGCUGGCGUCUGUCUUCCUUCACAAAAGGAAGAAAAGAAGAGGAGACGUUAAAAAGAAAAAGAGGCAGAGAGCACGGUUAAUGUGCUGACAUACGGUCACACUUCGUCUUAACCCUAAACUUUAAUUUUCUUUUUUUUUUUUUUUUUUCUGGAAGCGAAGGAGAGAGGUGAAUUUACGGCGCUGCAGCUGCUUGCCCUGGUUACUGUGAAUUGGCUGCUUUCUGAAGCUGUCAAAGUGUUUUACGGCCUCUGUUUGUGCCGGGACUCUGUCAGGGUUCACACCUGUGAGGAGAGCAGAGCUACUGACGGCUUCGCCCGCCUCGCCUAACCUCGCCACAGAACUCAGCUAACAGUAAACCACAGGCCCACAACUACUGGUGGGGACAGUUCUUCAUCCCUCUAGCUCUUCUCCCCUCUGCUCCUCACCUCCUGUCUCUUUUUGUUCCUUAUUUGUCUACCUACUUUUCAGCCUCUGUUGGUCUCCCAUCUGUCAUUGGACAGACAGACAAAGCGACUGCUCCUCUGUUAGCCUUUGGCCCAGGAGUCCUGUAAAUCUUAUUUAUGAACGGAGACUUUGUGAGUGGCUCCCUGCCACUGAGAAGGUACCUCGAUGACAAAAAGACUCGUGCCUUUUUCAAAGUACUAUUGAUUUCCACCACAGCGAGAGGAAGAAACGUUUAUGGAAGAAACAAAAAAAGGGGUUUUCUAAUAAUUUAAGAAAAUUACAAAAACUUUAUUUACAAUGCUGAGACAAUCGUGUACAGAGGAAAUCUUUUUGUGUGUGUAAGUUUGUAAUCACUGGACUAUUCCUUCCAAUAUUCAUUUAGGUACGUGCUCUUGAAAGGUGGCAAUGCUUUUUCAUUGAAGUAAAAAAAAAAAGGCAUCCCAUCGCACAUACGCUUGUGCGACGCCUGAAAGUGUUGAUGUGUUCAAGUUUUGUUCAUUAAACAAAUAUGUAGAUAAUGGGAUUUUGUGAUAAAUCAUUUUGUCAAGACCAAAAGCAUGGAUGUCAAGUGUCAAUGACCUUUCAUUUUAUUCUGUGAUGUUUCUCGUCCUUACAGGAAACUUCAUUCACAUCUUUAUAUAGCAUAACAGGUCCUUUUUAGAGUCAUAUUUCAAAGGGAAGAGGGUUUUUUUUUUUGGUUAUUCAGAAAGGUAGCUCACAUCUUGUGUCCUUAUGGCAUUUCACCAGCUUGCAGCCCUGACCCCAUAUAUUUGGAAACAAACUUAAUUCUACUAAGGGUUCUGGAUAUGGCAUAGAAGUAAGACAACUUCACACUCUCACUUUCUUGCCUCCUGAGAUCCAUUUUAAUGACACAUUUGAAUAAAUCUGAGAUAUAAAGCAGGCUUGAAUAGGUUUUAUUAUCUUUUAUACAAGCAGUAUAACAACUCUUGUACAGCAAGUAGUAAUUUUGUAUGAUGUAGUGUUUUUAUUUCGACGUUGAAAAUACAUUCUGUGUCCCGUUUUGAAAUAGCUGAAAUACAUGAAGCUCUUUUCAUGGUGCUUCUACAUCUGUGGAUGGGGAAACCAUAAUUAACAUUGAGAGAAAAGCCACUAAGUUUUGAGGGGUUUGUGAACAUACAGGACAUGUGCUAUCAACUGUGAAUUUUCUUAAACAGAAACCAACUCAUUGUGUUUCUAAUUUUUCCCUCCUUUGCACAUGAUCACUGUUGGCCUUUUACAUUUCAAUUUGGUUCCCGCUCUCCCCUCCCUCUGAACCCCACCUCCUCGACCCACCCUCACUCCGACCACAUUUCGUGAUCCUCCGAAAAACAACUUCUCCCCCCCGCACUCUGGGGUAUCUACAUAUUGCUGCUAGAUCAAGGUAAUGGUAGGUAAAUAGAGGAAAUGUUUUAUAGAUUCAUACAGCACGCUUUUUUUUUAUGUUGCAAUCUUAAAUGCAAACUGGAAAUACUUUACAGUACAUGGGCCUCAUUGUGAAACGCAAACGAUUGUUGUGUCUGCAAAAUAUGUGUACAGAUGUUUUUGACAUUAUUAUUUGAUUGUGUUUAAAUUAAUAAAACUGAUUUGUGAACUGUU